CGUUCUGCAGGGCACGCAGUGAGGCCCAGUGGGACCGGUGCCGCGACGCACCCGAGCAUGCUCCCCCAACAUACCAAGCACGCUGGCAGGCCGUCGAUGUGGGAAAGAGGCCCAGCGGCCCACAGCUGAGGCUUCCAGGUGCCCUGUGCUGCUGAGGCCCUGCGAGGCUCUGAGCUGAGUGGCCCUGGGAGGUGCCGGGACCCCAUGGCAGCUCCAUGUCGGAGGAGACACUCGAUGAUGGGGAACAAGCGGUCCUUUGGGCAUGCGUAACUUUCUGCAGGACGCUGUUUAUGUGAGGCUCAGGGUCCUUAAUUCAGCCGUACGACUCACUGAUGUGUGUGCGUGCCCAGUCGAGGCGUGUGUCCCGCAUCCAUGGUAUUGUGUGUCGGGCAAACCUUGUCUGCAGCAGAAACUUCCUUUGAGCAAAGAGGGAGAGGUCAGAGUGGGAACACUCUCUAGGUUUCCUAAAGAUUUUGGGGGAGGGCAAGGAUUUGGGCCACCGGGAAACUGCACGGGAGGAAAUAUCAAGGAAGUUUUUCAGCCAAGGAGCACCUGAGCGCCAUUGGGCAGGUGUCAAACCAGCUUUUCCUGCACGUUCAACCAUCAAGGUGUGCGCUUCUCAUCUUUGGAAAUCCUGCUUUCAGGCCUUGUAGAGCUGGAGCGGCAGGUUGGGUGGAGCCGUGAACCAGGAUCUUCAGCGUGCGUCUCUUCCUCCUCACAACUCGAAGGUAAUGAGCGCUUUCCACAGCUCCCAUAGGUUUCUGCUGAACACCUGGGAAUCUGCACGCGGGAUGGGCUUUUCUCAACAGGAGCCAUCCCUGUUGUUGUUGUUGUUGUUGUUGUUGUUGUUGUUGUUGUUCCCUUUGGACAAUGAGGCCAAGCGCGGUCUUUGAAGUUGAGUAGUGGCACAAAAAAUUAGCAGGGUUGGGCUUCUGAAUCAGAUGUUCUGGCUUCUGAAUUCUUCCAACACCUCUUAGACUACAGGGUGAUUUUCCUUCUUUGGUCCUGAAGGUGGAAUGCGAUUAAAUUAUUCGGCAGAUUUCUGGAUACAUUUUUUUUUUUGUUCUCUGGUGAGUUAUCCAAGGCUCCAGCAGCUAAGGUGGGGUCGCAGUACCUACAAACACGGACAUUUUAGCCGUUGGAGCAGCCCCAGAGCUACCAGCACAGGUAACACCUGAGGCCUGGGUGACCCCAUCAUCGCUCCAGGGCUUUUAUCCCUUUCCUUUCUAGGAGCUGUAAAGUUUCAAGCAGCCCAGUGAGAACUCCUAAGGGUGCUGGCAAGGCCUGCUAGUUACCUGCUUUUGCGACCAAGAUGUCGUCCCGUAAAGGACCGGUAACGAGCCAAGGGAACGGUCCUUUAAAUAAUGUCAGAGAAAGAGAAGAUGUGGAGCUCGCUGAGCUAGGACCGCUCUUAGAGGGGAAAGGUGACCAGGCAGCCUCCAGUUCUGCCAAUGCACAAGACCAGCCAUGCCCAGCAGCCCGGGAGGAAGAGGAGGAGGAAGUGCGGGUGCUUACCCUCCCUUUGCAGGCCCAUCAUGCAAUGGAGAAGAUGGAAGAAUUUGUCUAUAAGGUCUGGGAGGGCCGCUGGAGGGUCAUCCCCUACGAUGUACUGCCCGACUGGCUGAAAGAUAACGAUUACCUUCUGCACGGGCAUCGCCCCCCCAUGCCGUCGUUCAGAGCCUGCUUCAAGAGUAUCUUCCGCAUUCACACGGAGACGGGCAACAUUUGGACCCACUUGCUAGGUUUUGUGCUGUUUCUUUGCUUGGGGAUCUUGACCAUGCUGAGGCCGAAUAUGUACUUCAUGGCCCCUCUUCAGGAAAAGGUGGUGUUCGGGAUGUUCUUUCUCGGAGCGGUGCUGUGCCUGAGUUUCUCCUGGCUUUUCCAUACAGUCUACUGUCAUUCAGAAAAAGUGUCCCGGACAUUUUCCAAGUUGGACUACUCCGGGAUCGCUCUGCUGAUCAUGGGCAGCUUCGUCCCGUGGCUGUAUUACUCCUUCUACUGCUCGCCGCAGCCCCGACUCAUCUACCUCUCCAUUGUGUGUGUGCUGGGCAUCUCGGCGAUCAUCGUGGCGCAGUGGGACCGGUUUGCGACGCCGAAACACAGGCAGACCCGAGCAGGCGUGUUCCUGGGCCUGGGCCUGAGCGGCGUCGUGCCGACCAUGCAUUUCACCAUAGCGGAAGGCUUCGUGAAAGCCACAACCGUGGGCCAGAUGGGCUGGUUCUUCCUCAUGGCCGUGAUGUACAUAACGGGAGCCGGGCUCUACGCCGCCCGCAUCCCGGAGCGCUUCUUUCCUGGCAAGUUUGAUAUCUGGUUCCAGUCGCAUCAAAUCUUUCACGUGCUUGUGGUGGCCGCGGCCUUUGUCCAUUUCUACGGCGUCUCCAAUUUGCAGGAAUUCCGUUACGGACUUGCAGGAGGAUGUACUGACGACUCGCUUCUCUGAGGACGGCUGAAGAUCUUAGUACAAGCUUCCCAAGUGCUUUUAGAGUGACUUCUUGGCUAAAAUCAGAAGAAGACUCUGAACGUUUUUUUUAAAGCAAACUCUGAAAAGUUGGCAAUGGCCGAUCCUGGCUUAUCUUCUCUCAGGAGGACCGGCCAGGUUGUGGGGUGCGUGGAUUGCCACCAGUGUCGAUCGGGUGGAAGUGCCUCUAGCAACAAGCCCCCUUUUGAGAAACACGUGGACGUCACGGGAAUCACGUUGGAGCAUUACAGAGGUUAGAGAAAGCACCUGGCACCUGGGAGAAAGGAAGGGGGCCUGUUACCUGCUCUUUGAUGCUGCAAACAUCCCCUCUGCUUGGAGAGACUACAGCUGUGUCCUGCCCAACGCCACCCUUUCCCCCUCACAUCCGUCGCAGAGGCGGUGUUGGUCUGGUCUGGGCAGCGGUGCUCUAGCAGGGGUGCUUGGAGGAUACACUGGGCCAUCCGACUUCAGUUUUGUCUUUCUUGACAACGUAACGUAUGGCGAAAAUGAGAGUAUUUAAUAUUUAAUAUUAAGUUUUUUUUUUUUUUAAAGGCACCAUCCCUCCAGCAUACUCUAACUGGAGUGCCGUUCGUGGUAUUUCAGCUGGGGUGCAGUUUAGGGGACUGAGGAGCUGCUGCAGCUUUUGUGUCGAGCGGGCUGAAAUGAAAGGUCUGAAGUGUUGACGUUGGGCAGUUCAGGAGAUGUGGGGAUGCCUCCGGCCCUCUUUCUCCCUGGAAGGGCUUUGCUGGACGUCCCUCCAGCCCGAAGCCUCCCACGGUGCCUGCAGGCGAGGCGCUUGGGGCCCUUUCUGUGCGCUGUGGCUGUCUGUGUGCCCCUCCGCAGCUGCAGCCCGGCCCACCUUCCCCCCGCAUGCCUUUUGAUGCGCACCUAGUGCCCGGCAGGUGCACUGAACCGCACCCCCCAAUGCCCAUGGUUGCUGAGGAUGCUAGGAGUCGUAGGUCCGCACAUCUGGGGAGGGCCCGCCUUCAUGAAAGGUGCUUAGGGGGCUUCCCCGGGGCAAGGAAAGCGGCUGCAUGAGGUGGCUACCGCCACGUCUUUCCCCUCCCGUUAUUCCGGUUCCCGACAGCAGGAGCCCUGCAGCGGCUCAGGCCAGUCACACGCGCCGGCUGACACGUCCUGCACGCUUCCCCAGCCGGCUGCCCUGUUCCCCAGCUUGCAGUUUCCGUGUGCAAGAGCGUACCGAGCGGAGUGCUCUGCUCACCUGGUCAAGGAUGGCUGUGUCCCGAAGGGGGCCGCCUACAUGUAGGAUGGGGACCCCUCCCGGCGAGAACCAGGCUUCUGUUCUGAACCCUUUCCCUGCGAGAACGGGCGUCUUGUGGACUGCUGGUCCUGAGACGGGGGCCCCGAGGCAACCGGUUGCUGCCCUGCCCAUCCAGAAGCUCUUCCACAGAACGAAGUGCAGAGAGGACGCUUCCUUUCGCAGAAGGGGCUCCCCCAAGCCCCUUUCUGGGCUCUGCCCAAUUCACUGAAGGAAAGGCUUGGCCGGGUUCAUAAGCGCCUAGGAAGUUAAGCCAGGUGUCGCGCAACACAGCGCGUCAUGUAUCCUGCCCAACAGCGGUUUUGCGAGGUCCGUAGUGGCCUUUUCCCAGCUUUUGUUCUAAAAGGAGCACGGUUUUUGGGGGCAGCUUUUUGUAAAGGCCUUUGUCUCCCCUGCCUGGGUCCCGGCCAGCCCAGGGAAGUGGAACAAAGCGAGCUGAUGCGAUCUACCUCAAGCGUACCAAAAACAUAUCAAUUCAUUGAUCCUUCACCAAAAGCUUUAAAAGCAGGCAGCUCCUAAGUAGUCCUCCCCAACCUGUGGCCCUCCAGCUCCCGUCAUCCCCAGCCAGCAAGACUGAUGGUGGGAGUUGCAGGCCAACGCGCCUGGGGGACACCAGGCUGGGGAGGGCUGCCCGGUAAUCAGGCCGCAGGGUUUCCUUUGGAUAACGGCUGCAGCCCAAGCGAGGUGGUCCUGGGCUCGGCAGGGGCCGCCACAAGCCAGCUGCCGAGAUCGGCUCCCUCUGUGCUGCAGGGCUGACGGGCUGGAUAGCUGCAGGGAGCUCGUUAGAUCCGGGUGCUGGCACCGUUAGUCCCUAAAUCCACAGGAAUUAAUGUUCUUUUCCAGGCAAAGAGGUUUCUGUGUGGGAGCCCCCUGCCCUCUUUCAAGAGGCAUUCGAUGGACACUGAAAGUACCAGAAACCCCCCCCCCCACCUCACCACCACCCUGGGAGUCCUCUCCUGCAAGCCGCGUGAUGCGGCUUUUCCACAGCUGGGCCGCCCACAGCCAGGGAAAGGGCUGCUUUAGGCAGGGGACGACCUGCUAUCGUGUGUGCUAUAAGGAGGCCUCCGUGCCCAUAGAGAGCUCGUGGAUGCAGCCACUGGUAAAGGAUACUCCGGCUAAGCUACCCGAAGUUCGCCUUCCUUCAUAGUGACACUCCCCUGCCUGCACCAGGUUGAUAACUUCUCCUUUUUGGAUUGGAAUCUGCUUUUCCACUAAGCCCCGAGCCUGCGCUUCAGCGCUCCAGGAACAGCUUCCCCCAGCCUGGUGAGAGAGAGGGGCUGGCCUACAGAUCCCAUCAUGUCCAGCCAGCAUGGCCGUGCCAGCCAGGUGUGAGAGGGAGCCAGGUUGCAAAAGGCCACUCCAGGGAUAGGAUGGAGUGAAGCCUGCAAGUCCAACUGGAAUAAUUCGGGGUGAAGAGAGCAGGAGAUCCUGCACCCAAGCCAGCGCCCAGCCUUAAGCUUGGAAGUGGUACGAACACAACCGUGCCAGGUGGAGAAGUUAACUUUAAUCUUCUCUGUUGAGUUGAAGAAUUCUUGCUACUUAAGGGAAAACAGAAUUAUUAUCCAUGGGGAGAAAUUAACCAUUUGUGAGCGAUGUUUUUGGGUCUUGCAUUUGCAGCGGUGAUAAAAAUACGGACCUGCCCUCCUCAGUUCCGUGCGGGCAAGACUGCAGAAUGCAAGGGUGCACAACCUCUCGCCUGGGGCUGAAGUCCGCCCACCACCUUCCCCUGCCUUUACCUCUCUUCCCCCUCAUCUGCUGACCAGCUGAAGGUUUGCCGACUUUUGUAAAACUUCCCCCUGCCCCUUUUAAAGGACUGAACCGUUGUCCCUAAGGCUGAGGUACCGGCUGCAAGAGCGUUCGGUGCGGCUGGUGCUUCUGCUCGCUCCUCUUCUCCUUGGUGUCUCCUGCCACUGGAGGGCAGCCCCAGAGAGCACGCCUGCAUCCCCUGCCCUACUGGGGGUAGUGGGGGUGGGUGGGCGCAGCACUCGGAAGAAAGGAAUUGCUUCGCGUGCUUCAGUGCGAGUAACUGCAGUACGGAUGGCUGUGCGUUAACCACAGGAACAAGAAUCUGUUAAGAUCAGCCAAUCUCAAACUAGAAUGUACGAGAGCCGCUAACAGUAGCCCAUCUUUAAUGCGUGAAGGAACCAGCAUGUUGCAGCAAGCGGUAAAACAUUCUGGUGCAUAACUAGAUUUUACGGUGCAAAGCUAGGCUAUGCAAAUGUUUUGCCGGACGCAGAUGACGUGCGGGUGAGGUGGAACCGAAUGGUCUCACGUGUGGGUAAAUGAAAGUAUUUGCCGCUUUUAAGCUGAUGGUGCAAGACCCCCUAACCUUUUCUUUUAGAAAGUGGAAAUGGGGAGUUCAGCUUGAAAUUGGAGGACAAACAUAAGUAGCAGGAAAAAGGACGUGACUGAUUUGAAUAGUGGUAGAAAACUAAUGAGAAUGCAGCUAAAGAAAUCUGAAACAUGGAUAGUUGGAACAAAAGACUUAAUAAAUAUAGAUCUAUUAUUGCAAAGAGGCUUUAUAGUUGGAAUCAUGGCAUAGAUCUAUUAGAGAUGUACAUGUUCAAAUAAAAGUGCAGAGGUAUUCAAUAUAUUUCUUUUUGGGGUGGGGGGAGAGUAACAAUGUAUUCCUAACAAUGAGCAUUUUGUUCAGUUUGUAAACUAGGGAAGAUUUUAAGAUGUUUAUCAGCAAUAAACAUUUUUAAAUUAGUA